UCAACCAAAAUAAUGGAGUACUAGUAGCACAAUUUCAGAUCUCGCUCGCUCUCUCUCAAGCUGAAGCUGAAGCUGGCUGCCAUCUCCCCGGCCGGCGCUCCACAACCUGGCCGCCCUGCUGCUCUUCCUCUCCGCCUCGCCGCCGGCGCUCCACAACCCGGAUCUGGACCAGCCGCACCGUGCCGCCGCCGCCCGACAGCAGCAGCACAUCAGUGCACCCCCACGCCGCCGUUAAGCAGCGCGCUGAGCGUUGUGCCUCCGUCCAGCUCCGCGCUGCCGCCGACGAGCACCACGGGGAGCAAGGACCACGGCCAGAGGUGGCCCCUGCUCUGGCCACGCCCCGGCACCCAAGCUUCAGUCAGAUCCCGUCGCGCCCUUCACCAACUUCCCCACCAUUCUUGCUCCCACAACCUUCAACAAGUGUCCCCCAUCUGAAAGGCAGGAGCAGGAGCAGCGACGGCCAUGGCGGCGCUCGGCGGCAUGCUUGCUGCUGCCAUCCUCAAGGUGGUGGGUGACCAGGUUGGUUCUCUGAUCGGGGGUCAGAUCGCGCUGCAGAUGAAUUUGGACAAGGACCUCAAGAAGAUGAAGAUGGCGCUGGAGUCUGUCGAGGCAGUGCUCAAGGUCGCGGAGAGGCGGUCCAUCACCGACGAGCUGACGGGUCUUUGGCUGAAGCGGCUCAAGGACUUCUUGUAUGAGGUCUCUGACAUGAUUGAUGAGUUCGAAGCAGACACACAAGCCAUCACCCAGCCGUCUGCGCGCAAGUUCUCCUUCAAAAAAUAUUUGGCGUUCAUGAUCCCUUGUCUCACAAUUGGCCCCAACAUUACAAUGGCCAAUAGGAUGAAGAACAUGAGGGACGACCUCAAGGUCAUAACAGAUCAACACAAGGAAUUCAAGUUAACAGACUGCACUAAUGCCAAUGAGCCAAAGGUGACUGAUAUACGGGAAACAUCAUCAACCCUGGAGACACAAAUCAUUGGGAGGACUGAGGAGAGAGAUAUAAUAUUGGCUUCUUUAUCUGAGAGCAUGACAAAGGAUAUCACAAUCCUUCCUAUAUAUGGCAUUGGAGGCCUUGGCAAGACAACCUUGGCAAAAAUGGUUUACAAUAGUUCCCAGUUCAAUGAAUACUCUCAAGUGUGGGUUUACGUGUCUCAGACAUUUGAUUUGAUCAAAAUUGGAAACUCUAUAAUAUCACAACUAUCAGAGAAUGAUAAAGAGAGUGCGUACACUGGAAAGCAGAUGAUCCGUAAUUCCCUUGAAAAGCUCCUUGCCAACAAGAAAAUUCUGAUUGUUUUAGAUGACAUGUGGGAAGACAACAUGUUUCAGUUGGAAGAACUGAAAGAUAUGUUAAAAGUUGGGGAGAGCAGUAAGGUGGUUGUUAUAGCAACCACACGAAGUGAAGGUAUUGCGAAGAAAAUGUCUACCAUCCAACCAUACAAAUUAGCACCAUUGACUGAUGAUAUGUGUUGGUCUAUUAUAAAGCAAAAGAGUGCAUUUGAAUCAAGAGGUGACAAAGAACAAUUGGAGGAAAUAGGGAAGGUCAUUGCAAUGAAGUGUGCGGGUGUGGCUUUAGCAGCUAAAUCACUUGGGCACACGCUGCAAUCUAUGAAAUCUGGUCAAUGGGAAUCAGUGAGAGAUAGUAAUAUUUGGACUGCACCUUCUUUGGAAGAUACAUCUUCUACACAAGUGCUUGCAUCUCUGAAGUUGAGCUAUAGUGUUUUGCCUUCGUAUCUGAAGCUAUGCUUUGCCUAUUGUGCAAUAUUUCCAAAAGGCCACAAGAUACUUAAAGAUGAUCUUAUUCAUCAGUGGGUUUCUCUUGGUUUCUCUUCCUGGGAACUUGGUGAGAGAUACAUUAGUCAGCUUUUGGGCCUUUCUUUUCUUGACCAUUUCAAGUCAUCAUCGGCUGCCGCGGGAUCUAAUGAUGCAGGCUACCUCGCAUGGAGGCCGAGGCCAGCUACUACCUGCUUACAUAGGGAGACUUUUGAGCUACAUGAUGAAGAUGUUAUAUUGUUGACCAUGCAUGACCUGGUGCAUGAUUUAGCAAGAUCUGUCAUGGAGGAUGAAAUUAUUUUUGUUGGCAAUGUCAAUAAUGCUGAAGGAAGCCGCUUCCACUAUGCAUUGCUAGAUGAUUGUAGCAAGCCAUUGGGAUCAGACUUAUCCAAGAUAAGAGCGUUGCGUUUUAUGGAUUGUGACAAAUAUGAACUUCAUGAUGCUGCAUUUUCAUCUGCCAAGUCUUUGCGUGUCUUGGACUUAAGUGAGUGCGCCAUAUAUACGUUGGCAGAUUGUAUUGUUGAACUGAAGCAAUUGAGAUAUCUUAAUGCUCCAAAAGUCCAAGAUGCAAAGAUUCCAGACAGUAUCACCAAGCUCUCAAAAUUGAUUUACCUGAAUCUUCAUGGAUCUCCUACAAUUAAAGCACUACCAGAGUCAAUUGGAGAAAUUGGCAGUCUAAUGUACCUUGAUUUGUCAAGUUGUUCAGGAAUUGCAAAACUGCCAGAAUCAUUCAGGAGGCUACAAAAAUUGUUGCAUUUGGACUUAUCAAAUUGCUCGUCUGUGGGAGGAAUAUCAGUGUUCUUGGAGAGUCUCACACAGCUAGAGUAUUUGAACUUAUCAUACUGCCCAAAUAUCGGAGAUAUACCAGAAGUUCUGGGCGGCCUUUCCAAACUGCAGUAUUUAAACUUAUCAAACAACUCAUAUCUUGAAUGUGGUAAAGAAGCAGAAUUUUUGGGUGCCCUCACAAAAAUCGAGUAUUUGAACUUAUCUUCAAGGGAAUGUGGACUCAAAAAGCUCCCUGAAUCUUUGGGCGGAUUCAGUCAACUCAAGUACUUAAACUUAUCAGGUUGGCGAGCUAUGAAAAAAUUGCCAAGAUUAUUUGGGAGUCUGAAGAAUCUGCUCCAUCUUGACUUAUCAGGUUGUUAUAUGGUUGAUGGUGUACAUGAAGCUUUGGUCGGUCUUACCAGUCUGCAACAUUUGAAUUUACAAGAUACACAGCUCAGUUCGCUGCCAGAUGAUCCGACCAAGCUUCGGUAUUUAAAUCUAUCUAAACUAAGGAGGUCCUUGGAUGAUCGGAAGAAAGAUGCAUCAGUUUUUCUCUCUGCAGAAACCUGGGACAUUCUCAUCAACCAGAUAUGCAGAAUUAAUCUUUCAGAUCUAGAGCAUUUGGGCUUGUCUCGAAAUUGUCUGAUCGAGAGAAUACCUGAAAGUAUUUGUAGCCUGACAAAACUGCACACAUUGGACCUCUCGGGAUGCAGAAAUUUGAAGAAAAUACCUGAAAGUAUAUGUACAUUUGGUAGCUUGAAGUUUCUUUAUUUAGAGGAUUGUUGCAGUCUUGAUGAAAUACCUCAACUCAGUAGCAGUGCAAUAUCGUUACCACACUUUGUGGUGCGUGCUGGUAAUGAUGGAUCUAGCAGCAAUCUUGUCCUGCUAAAGCCCACAGAUCCUUUUAAGCUGGAGAUAACUGAACUUGAAAAUGUGAUGUCCGCAGGAGAGGCACAUACUAUAAAAUUAAUGGAAAAGCAAAGCAUUCGGGAGUUGAAACUGGAGUGGACUCAAGGUGUUGACAGAUUUGUGGAUGACAAAAUGUUGCUGAAAAAACUAGUGCCUCCAAGCACAUUGAGGGUGUUGGAGAUAUGUGGUUAUAACAGUGUCAUCUUUCCAGGCUGGGUAGUGGGCCAACUACCAAACCUGGACUCACUGGUUCUCAAAGAUAUGGCAAAUCUGGAAGAGUGGGACACGUCAUACUCCACCGGUGAGGAGAAUAUGUUAACAAGCGUGCAAAUAGAUGGCUGCCCCAUGAUGAAGAUGAAAGGGCCUCUGCCUAAAGCUAAAGAAUGGGAGAUAAGAUGCAGUGAUAAUGUGUUAUCAUCAUGGGAUGUGUGCAUUGUGUCACACACCAGUGCUUCCUCCUCUUCUCCAGUAACUACUAUGUUGUCAGUUAGAGACUGCAAGGUGCCUCUGCAUGAGUGGAGGUUGCUUCGACACUUCUCUGGACUCCCUUAUUUGUCUAUUGCCAAUUGUAGCGAUCUAACCGGCUCACCAGAUAUCAUCCAACUACUAUCCUCUUUGGAGAAACUAUGCCUAGAAGACGAACACAUGGAAGAACUGCCAAUAUGGUUGGUUGAGCUCCCAUCUCUAAAGAAUCUGACUAUAUUUAAUAGCAAUGGUAUAAAGGAGUUGAACGAGAACAUGAGGCAACUCACAAAGCUUGAAUCGCUAGAACUGGGCUUCUGCAAAAGCAUAUCUGCAGUGCCACAUUGGCUAGGCGAAUUGACCUUUCUCAAGAAACUUUGGAUACAUAACAAUGAAGGCUUGAGGUCUUUGCCGGCAAGCAUACAACAACUCACCAGCCUCCAGGAAAUAGUACUUAUGCACUGCUAUGCAUUAGAGCACGUGGUUGCUGAAACAGAGGAGGGAAAGAUGAAGCUGGCUGACAACCAACAAAGGGAAUUUGCUCUGCCCACCUCUCUAAAGAGACUUUAUCUGCAUGGAUGUGAUGGUAUCAAGUCUUUUCCCGAGGGAAUACAUCAACUCACUAACCUAACAAUAGAGAGGUGCCCGGGACUAAAGGAAUGGUGUGAAUUAGAGGAGAACAAGAUGAAGCUGGCGCACAUAGAAAAGAAGUGCAUUUUCUUCUAGACAAUGCAUAUACUGCACACCCAGGCUGCAAAAUGAAGGGCCUGAAUCAACCAGCAAGAUUUUGUUCUGGAUGAUUCAAAUUGACGAUGUACUUGAAGGAGGACCACGCAGGAGCUAAGGGAAUCACGAGCUGUGGCGAUGGGAAACUUGUUUGCAGAGUUGCAGCAUGGAACUCUGAGGCUGCAGGUCAUUACCUCUACUAGCUAGUGUUCUGUUCUACAGAGUGUCGAACUUUGUUCUUUGUGCUUUGUGCUUAGUUUGCAUAGUUUAGUUUCCUGCUUCGAUGACUGCACUAGUUUUGUAAUAUGUGUAACCAGAGAGAUUGAUGAUUGUAGAACUUGUAUGCAUUAGGUCCUGGUGAGCGUGAUACGUACUGUACUUGCUUGUUGAGAAUGCCUAAACACUUGAAGUCCGUUGCUAGUU